AUGAGUGAAAACUUGAAGGACUGUUUGAUCCAGACCCAGGCUUCCUUAGGGGAGAUGGUGACGAUAAAAACAGAGUCCUGCUCUCCAUGCCGGGACCAGGAGUAUGGACAUCCUUGCUCUGGAAUGCCUGACCCACAGUCCAUGGAGGUGGAGCCCAAGAAACUGAAAGGGAAACGGGAUUUGAUCAUGACCAAGAGCUUUCAGCAAGUGGAUUUCUGGUUCUGUGAGUCCUGCCAGGAGUACUUCGUGGAUGAGUGCCCAAACCAUGGCCCCCCGGUGUUUGUGUCUGACACUCCAGUGCCUGUUGGCAUCCCUGACCGAGCUGCACUAACCAUCCCACCUGGAAUGGAGGUGGUGAAGGAGCCCAACGGGGAGAACGAUGUGCGCUGUAUGAACGAGGUGAUCCCCAAAGGUCACAUCUUCGGGCCGUACGAGGGGCAGAUCUCUAGCCAGGACAAGUCUGCAGGAUUCUUCUCAUGGCUGGGGGGGGACAUCGUUGAUAAGAACAAUCGUUACAAAUCCAUUGAUGGGACGGAUGAAACCAAAGCAAAUUGGAUGAGGUACGUGAUCAUCUCCCGGGAGGAGAGGGAGCAGAACCUGAUGGCCUUCCAGCACAGUGAGAGGAUUUACUUCCGUGCCUGCCGUGAUAUUUGCCCUGGGGAGAAGCUACGGGUCUGGUACAGUGAGGAUUACAUGAAGCGGUUGCAUAGUAUGUCUCAGGAGACCAUCAACAGAAAUCUCACAAGUGGAGACAAAAAGUUGCAGAGGGAAAAGUCAGAAAAGAAUGUGGAAAAUCAAGAGGACGUGAGGGGUCCACUCCAGCUCACUGCCUUAAAGCAAGGGAAGAGCCCCUACAAGCGCAGCUGUGACGAGGGGGAAUCCCACCCCCAAACAAAGAAGAAGAAGAUUGAUCUCAUUUUCAAAGAUGUUGUAGAGGCUUCCUUGGAGUCUGCCAAAUUUGAAGACAACCAGUUAGCAACAACUGUGCCACUUUCCAUCAGAAAAGCAUCUAAAUACCAGGCUGAAGACAUCUUUGAGAGGUGUGGCAGUGCCAUGCAGCACAGCUCCCUGAAUCUCAGCAGAAGCCGGAGUGAGGGGGAAUGGAAGGUCCCCCACGGUUCCUCUUUCAGCUCAGCCAAAGAGAUGGGCAUCCUUGAAGAUGAGGAAGAAGAGCCCCUGUCACUCAAAGCAGACAGCCCAACCGAGCUGUCACUGGCCUCUUCACAAGGCAACUCCCAUGAAAUCCCCACCACCUCCUUCUGCCCCAACUGCAUCCGGCUGAAGAAGAAGAUCCGUGAGCUGCAGGCCGAGUUAGACAUGCUGAGAUCUGGGAAGUUACCUGAUCCACCCGUGCUACCGCCCCAGGUACCCGAGCUCCAAGAGUUCUCAGACCCCACAGCUUCAGAAAGCAUCAUCUCUGUUCCCACCAUCAUGGAGGAUGAUGACCAAGAGGUGGAUUCUGCUGAUGAAUCGGUUUCCAAUGACAUGAUUGCUGCUACAGACGAGCCUUCCAAGAUGUCUUCUGCGACAGGCCGGAGGAUACGACGGUUCAAGCAAGAGUGGCUUAAAAAAUUUUGGUUUCUGCGGUACUCCCCGACACUGAAUGAAAUGUGGUGCCACGUCUGUAGGCAGUACACAGUGCAAUCCUCUCGGACUUCAGCCUUCAUCAUUGGCUCAAAGCAGUUCAAGAUACACACAAUAAAGCUUCACAGCCAGAGCAACCUCCACAAGAAGUGCCUGCAGCUUUACAAGCUCAGGAUGCACCCCGAGAAGACAGAAGAGAUGUGCCGAAACAUGACCCUGCUCUUCAAUACGGCCUACCACUUGGCCCUGGAGGGCAGGCCCUACUAUGACUUUCGGCCUCUGGCAGAACUACUGAGAAAGUGUGAACUCAAGGUGGUGGAUCAAUACAUGAACGAGGGAGACUGCCAAAUCUUAAUCCACCAUAUCGCCCGGGCUCUUCGAGAGGACCUGGUUGAACGCAUCCGACAGUCUCCCUUCCUCAGCAUCAUUCUGGAUGGGCAGAGCGAUGACUUGCUUGCAGACACAGUUGCGGUUUAUGUACAGUACACGAGCAGUGAUGGGCCUCCAGCAACUGAAUUCUUGUCUCUUCAGGAACUGGGGUUUUCUACUACAGACAGUUACCUCCAAGCAUUAGACAGGGCUUUUUCCAGCCUGGGAAUACGAUUGCAGGAUGAGAAGCCAACUAUUGGCUUGGGAGUCGAUGGUGCUAACAUUACCGCCAGCCUGAGAGCCAACUUGUUCAUGACAAUCAGAAAGACCUUGCCCUGGCUUCUCUGCCUGCCCUUCAUGGUGCACAGGCCCCACUUGGAAAUUCUGGAUGCAAUCAGCGGGAAGGAACUGCCAUGCCUGGAGGAGCUAGAAAACAAUUUGAAGCAACUGCUCAGUUUCUAUCGUUACUCUCCCCGACUCAUGUGUGAGUUGAGGGUCACUGCUGCCACUCUGUGUGAGGAGACUGAGUUCUUGGGGGACAUUCGAGCAGUGAAGUGGAUCAUUGGAGAGCAGAAUGUGCUCAAUGCUCUAAUAAAGGAUUACCUUGAGGUUGUGGCCCAUCUCAAAGAUGUCAGUGGCCAGACCCAAAGGGCAGAUGCUUCUGCCAUUGCCUUGGCCCUCCUGCAGUUCCUGAUGGACUAUCAGUCGAUUAAACUCAUUUACUUCCUGCUGGAUGUGAUUGCUGUGCUUUCACGCCUCGCCUACGUCUUUCAGGGGGAGUACCUUCUUGUGUCACAGGUGGAUGAUAAAAUAGAGGAGGCCAUCCAGGAGAUCAGCCGGCUAGCUGACUCGCCCGGGGAGUACUUGCAGGAAUUUGAGGAAAACUUCCGUGAAAGCUUUAAUGGCAUUGCUGUGAAAAAUCUACGGGUGGCUGAAGCCAAAUUCCAGUCAAUCAGAGAAAAGAUCUGCCAGAAGACCCAGGUGAUCCUAGCCCAAAGGUUUGAUUCCCGUAGCCGGACUUUUGUGAAGGCCUGUCAGGUAUUUGACCUUGCAGCUUGGCCCAGAAGCACUGAUGAGCUCAUGAGCUAUGGGAAGGAGGAUAUGGUACAAAUAUUUGAACACCUGGAGACAGUCCCAUCAUUUUCCAGAGAGGUUUGCAGAGAGGGGAUGGACACCCGAGGGAGCCUGCUGAUGGAGUGGCGAGAACUCAAGGUGGAUUAUUAUACCAAAAACGGUUUUAAAGACUUGCUCAGUCACAUUUGUAAAUACAAACAGAGAUUCCCCCUCCUAAAUAAAGUAGUUCAGAUCCUCAAAGUCCUUCCCACCUCCUCGGCCUGCUGUGAGAAGGGGCGCAGCGCCCUGCAAAGAGUGCGCAAAAACAACCGCUCUCGGCUGACGCUGGAGCAGCUCAGUGAUCUCUUGACGAUCGCCGUGAACGGGCCACCCAUCGCCAGCUUUGAUUGCAAAAGGGCACUCGAUAGUUGGUUUGAGGAGAAGUCGGGCAAUAGUUAUGCGCUGUCAGCCGAAAUGCUGAGCAGGAUGUCAUCUCUUGAUCAGAAGCCCAUGUUGCAGAGCAUGGACCAUGGCUCUGAGUUUUACCCUGAUAUUUAG